CCCGGAUCAGCGGAGCCCAAUGUCCAAGGCAGCAAAGAGAAAAGAUCCAUCGGCGUCUCAGCAUGUCCAGCAUGGCGCAAAGAGGCGGAAGGUGUCGCAGUCGACCAAGGGUCAAGUGUACCAGGGGCCGGCGAUUCGUGGUGAUGCGUUGAAAUGGAAAACAGUCCCACUACCGAAGCGACUGGAGGACGCCGAAGGGUUCUUCGGACUCGAAGAGAUCGAGGAUGUCGACGUUGUCCGAGACGAAACCACUCACCAUGUGAUGUUUCGACCAAAAUCUGUAGCAGCUGUGGAUGACGCCGUCAGCCAUAAACAGCUCGACGAAGAAUGGGAGGGUUUCGACGACGAAAGGGGAGAAGUUGAGGAAGAAAGAGCAAAGCCGACCACGUCGCCAGACUCUUCCAAGGAUGCUGCGCAAUCUUCUAAAAAGCCUAAAGACCUUGACAAGCGGAAACUAAAGAGCAAGCCCACGCAAGAAGACGAAGUUGUGCCCAAUGUCAAGUUCGAUGUUCUGCUAGAGAGCCUGGCAGAUCCCAAGACUGACGUGUCAGCAUGGAAGAGUCUUGAGCUAUCUCCGACAAGUCUUUCGCAGCUCUCCCGACUCGGCUUUGCUAGGCCUACGCCUAUACAGUCGGCCAGCAUUCCACCCAUCAUACAAGGACACGAUGUGAUUGGCAAGGCUGUUACUGGUUCCGGGAAGACUUUGGCAUUUGGCAUUCCGAUUUUCGAGCAUUGGCUUUCGAGCGAGAACGCGGCAUCUGCUUCCACGAAGAGCAAGGACUCUAUCCUCGCUCUCAUUCUCGCCCCAACCAGAGAACUCGCAUUACAGCUCAACAGGCACCUUAACCAGCUGUGUAUAGGCCUAGAAGACCAUCCCAAGAUCGUCGCUGUCACGGGAGGACUCUCCAUCUAUAAGCAACACCGGCAACUGGAAUAUGCCGAUAUUGUGGUAGCGACUCCGGGGCGAUUGUGGGAGGUCAUGAAUGAUGCUUCGACCGACUACAAUGUUGAUGGGUUGGUGGACCGCUUGAAGAGGAUUCAAUUCUUAGUUGUGGAUGAAGCUGAUCGAUUGUUGAGCGAAGGCCACUUCAAAGAAGUCGAAAAUAUUCUUGAUGCCCUUGACCGGCAGAUUGUGGACGAGGACGAAGAGCAGAACACAGCACAGGAGUCGCCAAAUUCGGCAAGGCAAACCCUUGUAUUCUCAGCUACUUUCCAUAAGGGCUUGCAUCAAAAACUCACAGGCAAGCUCAAGUCAGCGGAUCCGAUGAAUAACAACCUCCUCACCAACCAACAGUCGAUGGAGUAUCUCCUGCGGAAGCUCUCAUUCCGCGAACAGAAGCCAACCUUCGUUGAUGUGAAUCCCAGUUCGCAGAUGGCUGCUGCGCUCGCCGAAUCAAUCGUGGAAUGUCCUGCAAUGAAGAAGGAUCUGUUUCUCUAUACCCUGCUAAUGCAGCAUCCAACCAAAAAGACGUUGGUUUUCACGAACAGCAUUUCCGCCGUUAAGCGAGUUACCGCAUUGCUUCAGACUCUGAAGCAACCUGCAGUCGGCUUACAUUCGACGAUGCCGCAGAAGUCACGACUACGAUCCUUGGAAAGAUUUGCCGCACAGAGCAACGUCCUGGUAGCCACAGAUGUUGCCGCUCGAGGACUUGACAUUAAGGGAAUCGAACUCAUUAUUCAUUACCAUGUACCCCGUACUGCAGACAUGUAUGUCCACCGUUCCGGAAGGACUGCUCGUGCAGAGACGUCAGGGCAGUCGAUUUUGCUUUGCUCGCCCGACGAGGUGGCUGGCGUACGAAGACUGAUUGCCGAAGUGCACAAGGGUGGUGAGGCUCCAGAAACAGUUCAGUUAGAAGGGCGACUCAUGCAAAGCCUGGAUCCGCAUGUGUCGCUCGCUCAGAAGAUCACCGAAGCAACCCAGGCCAAGGAGAAAACAUCCAGUAAAGAAGAUUGGCUGCGAUCUGCCGCGGAAGAGUUGGGGGUGGACUAUGACAGCGAAGAGUUCGAAAGUCAGGGCCAGAGAGGCAAAAGGGGGAGAGGCGGUGGAAGAGCAAAGAAAGAAAAGGACCACGCUGCAAUUAGCAAAGACCAGCUUUCUCAAUGGCGAUCUGAGUUGGACGCAUUGCUGAAGAAGAGGAUUAACCUGGGGGUCAGCGAGAGAUAUCUUGCCGGUGGUCGGAUCGAUGUUGAGGCACUGCUCCAGGGACGAAUGGAUGGAGCAUUUCUGGAAGGCCGCUGAGAAACCCUCCAAGUUCUCACCUGUUUCGUAAGGAGCGGUUCAUUGACGCUUGAGUAUCACGCAGAUGCACCCUGGAUACAUAUAUGGCCCCCCACCUGUCGGCUGGCCCCCUCCUUUCACCAAGACGUUUGUCUCAGCUAAGCCUCAAUGACCCUAGUCGGUUGCUUGCC